AUGGCGGCCUCUCAAACCCCCGCCGUUGUCAUGGACAACGGAACGGGUUACUCCAAGCUUGGUUUCGCUGGUAACGACUCGCCCUCGUUCGUCUUCCCUACCGCAAUUGCAACCAAGUCUGGCGCCGGAAGCACGGGAAGCUCUGGAAGACCCCCUGUUGCCAACAAGCCGUCGUUCCUGGGGGGAGGUGGUGGGGCGAGCUCGCACCUGUCAGCGAAGCGUGGUACGGAGGACCUGGAUUUCUUCAUCGGAGAUGAGGCUCUCGCUGCUGCCAGCGGACCUGGUUAUGGCAUCAACUACCCCAUUCGCCAUGGUCAGAUCGAGAACUGGGAUUCCAUGGAACGCUUCUGGUCGAACUCGAUCUUCAAGUACCUCCGCGUCGAGCCUGAAGACCAUUACUUCCUUCUCACCGAGCCGCCGUUGAACCCUCCCGAGAACCGUGAGAACACCGCCGAGAUCAUGUUUGAGUCCUUCAACUGCGCCGGUCUCUACAUUGCGGUCCAAGCCGUGCUUGCCCUCGCUGCCUCCUGGACUUCCUCCAAAGUGACCGACCGCUCCCUGACCGGAACGGUCAUCGAUUCCGGUGACGGUGUCACCCAUGUCAUCCCCGUCGCCGAAGGCUACGUCAUCGGCUCCUCCAUCAAGAGCAUACCCAUUGCCGGUCGAGACAUCACAUAUUUCGUACAGAGCCUGCUCCGUGACCGUGGUGAGCCCGAUAGCAGCCUGAAGACCGCGGAGAAGGUAAAGGAGGAAUAUUGCUACGUGUGUCCCGACAUUGUGAAGGAGUUCGCCCGUUAUGACCGUGAGCCGGAUCGUUUCCUCAAGCACACCGUGACCUCGCCCAACGGCCGCACCGUGAACAUCGACGUUGGAUACGAACGGUUCCUUGCCCCCGAGAUUUUCUUCAACCCCGAGAUCUACUCCUCCGACUUCCUGACUCCCCUGCCCAACGUUGUCGACGGCGUCAUCCAGUCCUCUCCCAUCGACGUGCGUCGGGGUCUCUACAAGAACAUCGUCCUGUCCGGAGGAUCUACACUAUACAAAGACUUUGGCCGGCGCUUACAGCGUGAUAUCCGACACCUGGUGGACGCCCGAAUUCGCGCCUCCGAGGCACGCAGCGGUGGAGCUCGGAGCGGUGGCCUGGACGUGGCGGUUGUGACACACAAGAGACAACGGCACGGUCCCUGGUUCGGAGGAAGCUUGUUGGGUCAGACGCCCGAGUUCCGCAGCUACUGCCACACCAAGGCCGAGUACGAUGAGAUUGGUCCUAGCAUUGUGCGGAGAUUUGCUCUCCUUGGUGGACCCGGCAGUUCGUAG